AUGGCCAUUCCAGUGAUAGCCCAGUUAGACCAGAUGUAUAUGCUGACUCAAAAUGAUGAUUCUGGAGAGGACUGGGAAUUCCCACACUUCAUGGGAGAUGUUGAUGUGAACCUCCCCGGUCUGCAUACCCCUCACAUGCAGUUCAAGCUUCCCUUCUUCCAGAAGAUUUUCAAGGAGGAGUACCGCAUCCACAUAACAGGUAAAUGGUUUAACUACGGAAUUAUCUUUCUUGUCUUGAUUUUGGACCUGAAUAUGUGGAAGAACCAAAUAUUUUAUAAACCUCAUGAAUAUGGACAGUAUAUUGGCCCAGGGCAGAAGAUAUAUACAGUGAAAGACUCUGAGAGUUUAAAGGAUUUAAACAGAACCAAGUUAUCCUGGGAAUGGAGGUCCAAUCACACUAACCCCCAGACUAAUAAAACAUACGUUGAGGGAGACAUGUUCUUACACAGCAGGUUCAUAGGGGCCAGCCUAGAUGUCAAGUGUCUGGCUUUUGUUCCAAGUUUGAUAGCUUUUGUCUGGUUUGGAUUCUUCAUUUGGUUCUUUGGUCGGUUUUUGAAGAAUGAGCAAGGCAUGGAGAAUCAAGAUAAAACCUACACUCGCAUGAAAAGGAAAUCGCCCUCAGAACACAGCAAAGACAUGGGAAUGACCCGAGAAAAUACCCAGGUCUCCGUGGAAGACCCACUGAAUGACCCUCCCUUGGUCUGUAUUGGGUCCGACUUUAAUGAGAUAGUCUACAAGUCCUCCCACGUGACCUCGGAAAACUUGAGCUUGCAUUUGAAGGAAACUACCAGUGCAAUGGAAGCUGAUCAAGACCCAACAAGCUCUCAGAGUAUGCGGAUGAACUAGAGUCUUUAGGGAGAGCACAAAGAGCAACCUUGAGUGUCACUUUAAAAUCGUGUAGUCUUUCAUUUUGUAAAUGUCAGGUUUACAUAGCGUUAGGUAAAGAAAUACAAACAAUGCCACAACGGUGCUCAACAUGCUUUUUCUAGACUCAUUGUUUUCUAUUUGUAUUAUGAUACACGUGCCUACUGUAUGUUUAAUGGUCCCCUAGAGAUUGCUCUUCACAACUGCACAAGCUAUUUACUGACUUACAGCUUAGUAGAUUAGCCGAUUACCCAUGUAUCUGAUGUUCAACCAUAGUGGUGCCUUGAGACAUUAAACUGUUUUUAACUGUACCGGACACGAAGUAUAGAAUGGUUCUCCAGUCUAUUUCAAUGGGAUUUUUUUAUACAAUUAUUUUGAUUUACACUUGAUGUCUGAGCAGGAAACAGACAUAGCUGAUUUGUGGUUGUUGAAAGUUCUCUUGGUUUGCUGUUUAGCAGCAAAGUUGGUGACUUUGAUGCCUGGCUACAGAGGAGCCUAGCGAUUGCCUUUUAAAUUUUAUUGGCUGGCUGCUGAAUAUAAAUACAAUUGUAAAAUCCACUGAGAGGAGAACUGUAAUCCAACAUGGGUCACUGCUCAAGAAAAGUGACUUUCUCCAGCUACUAAUUGCAAUUAGGUGAUAAUACCUAAUUAUGUUUUCCUAAUUAAAGAUAAAUUGCUGUCUGAUUAAUAGUCUUGCCCUUUUCCUUUGGGAACAAAGGUUAAGAGGAACAGUUGGGUGAGCUCUCAAAUUUAUUGGCAUUUCCACAACAUCCUAGACAACCAAGGAAUUAAAGUUGAAAUCAAGUGAAGGUUGCACAGCCCAGUCUACAAUAUUGUACAUUUUAUUGUAAAUAUGGCUCUGGACAGUGAAAAUGGAAAAGCUUCUGGCAAAGUUGAGUAAGGGAAUUCUGAAAUUAUUCACUAAAACCUCAUGUGGUAGAAAAUGCUGUACAAGGGUCUGUUUAAUGUCUUUUGUGUAUGUGCAUUUUGUGUUUGGAUUUCAUUUUUUAAAGAUGUGAACAUCGCACAUUAAUAAAUAAGAAUUAUA